CCCCUCGGGCUCUUAUAGUCCCUCUCAAGGAGUCUCGAACCAAGGAAGCAGUUUUCUUCGGCCUCCUAAAAGCGGCUCGCCAACCACUAGAGUCAGACGAUCGGAUAGACAACAUCCCCAUUGACCCGGGUAGCAGACGACACCUGUAGCGAUAAAAUACGGCGGCAAUAAAAUCUCAUAAUGGAAGUGUCGAGUGCCCUAGCACUGGAGAUUCCUUUUAAAAACACCGAUCCAAUAAAUCAACAAUUGUUUUAUGACACAAUACCGUCAAGACGAAUUGCCCCGUUAAAUAUCUUCGUAUUUAUCUAGUAAUAUCUGAGGACCCGUGUAAUUCUUCCAUUUGUUGACAUUCCGUACGUUGUGGAGUUCGGAGGUGUUGAGGCCCAGUUUUAUUUUUAUAUGACACCCACUGAAUCACAUCGUCUUGAAUAUUUGACUUUUUCUGAGAUUGGACCAAACUUUUCCUCUCGUGAAUAAGCGAUAUUAUACAUAUAUAGCGCAAGUCAAAUGGAUUUCGCAGCACUAAGAAGCAACUGGCCGUGAUAAAAAUUACAUAGGGUGUUGAAUCACAUUCAUCGAGAUUUUUUUCUUCUGUUGGUUGUAGCGAAGUAACGCUUCGGUCACUGCUCUUCUUUUUGCAGCGAGAGAGGAAAAAAAAAUAAACACGUGCGGGGGAUUUAUCGUCUGCUGUGAAUGGAAGAACAAGUUUCAGUGUGUUUAUUUGUUUCGUUAAAAGUACAACGAACGAAAAAAUAUUCUUCUUCAUCACAAACAAUGGUGGAUUCAUGACUGCUUGGAAAAGCCGAUUUAACAUGUAGUUCACCUUUUGGAAUAUAGACGACAUCAUAAAGGCUAUAUAUCUCUUUCUCUCUCUCUUGUGUGAGUAUAAUGUUGGAGGAUUGUCUAAGACAUUCGCAGCCUGGCUAUAAAUAGACCCCUGUAUCUUGCCAGGAAAUCUCGGCAGCAGAUUAUAGUCAGUAAUCUAAUUGAAGGGAUUAUCAUCUAGCCGAGGAAACACAAAAAAGCAUUACAAGAUGGAGGCCAGGAAUUAUGAUACUGUGAAGCUCCAUAUCUGCCCUUUCUGAUGGCGGUUUCCGUGAUUUCAGUUAUGUGUAGUUCGUGUUAAAUGGUGGUAUAAAUACAUACAUGUACUCAAGUAACAUCAUGGAUGUAAAAUGUUAAGAAACCCGACGAAAAUUGGGGGUACAGGAUUAGUUGUUCAAACAUCCGGUACGGUGAAACCCCCGAAGCCCCCGUGUUGGCUAGAUCUCAAAUCGUCCUCUGACGAAGGGGGAGGGGGAUCUAAGCACUCCCCUGGGAGUCAGACUCACCCUGGGGUACGGUCAGGAAGGCACGGGAAACGGCCACGUCCGACGCUACAUCGAACUCGGAGCCAGGCGUGUAUUGAAAAAGAUAUUCCUAGUGAUGAGUUAACUGUGUCCCUCGCAGACACUAAACCAGAGGAACUCGGCUUGUGUAAAGUAUAUGACGAGACAAUUGUGAUGGAAGCCACAACUCGAAAAUGCCAGAACUGGCUACAGAGUAUAGAAGCGUGUCAUAUUCAGGGUGUUCUCCAAACGGAAGUGACGUCACCGGGAGAGGAAGUGGAUGUGGAGGUUCCAGACGACACUCGAUGGGACGACGACGCAGACGUUAGUUACCAUAGUUACUUAACCUAUAGUUCAUCGGAGUUUGAGCCCAAUGUGUCACUGAAUGGGAUAUCUCCUGACAUUGUGUCGGCAGACGAUACCCCAUCCUGUUGGAUUCCAAACAAACAAUCUUACAAGAAAGCUCGUGAGAAGUACCGACUCCACAGUAACGAUACCAAAUUCUAUUCCUCUCCUAUGCACACUUCCAUGAAAACUCACGACAGCUGAGAUUUAGCAUUCCACUUUUGUGAUAUACUAGAAGACGAAAUAUCGGCCGCGAGCUUGUCUUUAUGUGGUUUGUUCAGACAUGUUUACGGGUACAGACUGUGCCAAGUUGAUCUCGCUAAAUGUGUAUUUCCCGUGAUUGAUUGAUAUAUUGAUAACUUAAGACAUGUAAUUAUUCUGUGCAUUUUAAUUGCUUGUAAUUCAUGUGAGGUUGUAAUACACCUUUGAUUGUCAAUAACUUCAUGUAUUUUGUUUUAGAAACAAAGCAUAUCGUUUUCAGUUCAUCUUACAUG